AUGCUUCAAAAACGAUUUAUUCAUAUAUCACGUCCUAUCUUUAACAAAUUACUUACUCCUUUAACACAUAUUAAACAUGGAGACUUGAAGCGUAACUCCAUUUUUUCGAAGAUAUCGAGCAAAGACAUAGAAUAUUUUAAAACUGUAUUAGCAUCUAAUAAUAUUAUUUAUGAUGCUGAUCCUGAAAGUACAAAUAUAAUACAAUACAAUACAGAUUGGUUUAAUCUUUACCGAGGCUCCUCUUCUUUAUGCUUGUUUCCCACAUCAACAGAUCAAGUCUCAAAGAUCUUAACAUACUGUAAUCAACAUCGAUUGGCUGUGGUUCCUCAGGGAGGUAAUACAGGUGUAAGCGGUGGCGCAAUACCCGUCUUUGAUGAGAUUAUCAUCAAUACUUCAAAACUAAACAAGAUUCGUCAUUUCGAUUCUGUUUCAGGUGUUGUCGUUGUAGAUGCGGGUGUCAUAUUAGAGGGACUCGACCAGUUUUUAGAGACACAUGGAUACACUGUACCUUUAGAUUUAGGGGCAAAAGGAUCUUGUCAAUUAGGUGGUAACGUCAGUACAAAUGCUGGAGGUUUAAGAUUGAUGAGAUUUGGUAGUCUUCAUGGAAAUCAAUUGUUUAUUGGUGCUGAAGGAACAUUAGGCUUAAUUACGGGUAUUUCGCUCUUGACUCCUAAGCGACCUAAGGCUGUAAAUGUUGCUAUGAUUGCACUGGAGUCUUUUGAAGAUGUCCAAAAAGCCUUUGUCAUGGCAAAAGAAAAUCUAUCAGAAAUCUUAUCUGCUUUUGAAUUUUGGGAUCAUGAUUCUGUUGAUAUCGUCAAGUCUCAAAUGAUGCAGGAUACAAGUUAUCCUAUCCAAGGAAAAUAUGCGUUUUAUGCUCUUUUGGAGACUCAAGGAAGUAGACAAGAGCAUGAUCAAGAGAAAUUAGAUGGAUAUUUAGCACAUCUCUUAGAGACCGAUAUUGCAAAAGAUGGAGUCAUGGCACAAGAUGCUAAACAAAUGAAUAUGCUUUGGAGCUGGCGUGAAAAGAUUCCUGAAUCAAUUACUAAAAGUGGAACUGCAAUGACCUAUGAUGUAGCGAUGGAAGUACCUCUGUUAUACAAAAUGGUAGAAGAUGCAAGAGAGUAUUUUGGAAGUCAAAGAUUAUUAGGUGAUGGAAAGUUAUAUUCUAAUUUAUUAGGGUUUGGUCAUGUUGGAGAUGGUAAUUUACAUAUUAUGGCUAAUUUGAAUGAGUUUCAUAAACAUGGUCAGGAAACAAUGGAUGAAUAUGUAUUUUCCUGGGCAAUGAAGCAUAAUGGGUCUAUUACUGCAGAGCAUGGUGUAGGUAUUUCAAAAGUAAAUUAUAUGAACAGAGCAAAAUCCCCUGUCCAACUUGGAUUAAUGAGAGCAAUUAAGAAUGCUAUUGAUCCUAACGGUAUUAUGAAUCCUUACAAGGUCAUUCCAAAGUAA